GUGGGUAAGGGGGGGAAGCUUGACAAACUGUGUUUUUGUGCCCAUUGAUAAACGUAAUGAGAUUUGAGUGUCAACAUUAAAAUGUUCCGUGUCAUCAGCUCUGUGAAACUGCAGUGAAAUAUGGAAGUGAGAGAGAAAGAACUCUGUUUUCAGCCUGGCUGUGUCCCCUGCUAGGGUGCUGUGGGGAAUGUUGAUAAACACUGGGAAGGGCUGAGAGGUGGCAGAGGCAGGUGAGGAGCUGGUGGCUUCUGAAGGACCACAGAAAGCUGCCACUGCAUCUCCUCCUGCAUCUGAGUGCCAGAGGCUCCUAGUUAGGGGAAGCCUUUACAACUCUUCUGUUUUUGCAUUCCCUGGAUCAAGGAAAAAAGCGAUGCAAUGGAAAUUUUUAAUAAACAUUUCUAGUAGGAAUACUAUUUUACAUCUCCCUCUGCCUCUGCUGAGUAAGUGCUGUUAGCUCCAAUUGUUCAUUACUAAGGAAAGUCUUCUCUAAUCCAUCUCUAGCAGUACUCCUGGUAGAGGUGAUUGAUUUUUUUUUGUUACCUGGCAUGGCUGUGCUGUCACUGCUGCUGCUGCUUGGGCUAAUAGACAUUACUGCUGCCGUGGACGUCGCGCCUAGAAUAAAAGCGGGGUCAAGGUGGAGAGGUGAAAAGAAUCACUCCGAAGACCUAGAGAGGGGGAACGACAGCGGGACACCACUCCCCACCUCUGAUAACGGCGACAAUUCCCUGGGCUACACAGGUUCCCGUCUGCGACAGGAAGAUUUCCCGCCCCGGAUCGUGGAGCACCCCUCGGAUCUGAUUGUUUCCAAAGGAGAACCAGCCACUCUGAACUGCAAAGCAGAGGGAAGGCCUACCCCCACCAUCGAGUGGUACAAGGGGGGAGAAAGGGUGGAGACGGACAAGGAUGACCCGCGCUCCCACCGCAUGCUGCUGCCCAGCGGAUCUUUGUUUUUCUUGCGCAUCGUGCACGGGCGCAAGAGCCGGCCGGACGAAGGGGUCUACGUGUGCGUGGCCAGGAAUUACCUGGGGGAAGCUGUAAGUCACAAUGCAUCGCUGGAGGUGGCAAAUAACUCUGCAAUUUACAGUGUGUAA